CAGCCAUCAGCCACGAGCCACGGCUCUCUUCUUGCCUUCUUGACUUCGUCUCGCUUUCGGCGCUAGGCGUACUCUCUCACUCCUCUCGCCCCCUCCCGCCUCCCCCUCCGCUUCCUGCUCCCGCUCUCGCCCCACUCUACCCCCGUCCAACGCCCCACGCCCAUGUCGACCCUCCGCGAACAGAUCGCGGCGCGGCGCGCGGCAGCACGCUCGUCGCCCGCGCGCAAGAACCCCGGCUUCGCGCCCACCGCCAGACUCGACGACAAGACGGUGUCGGGGCAGGUGGCCAAGGCGCGUCGGAGUGGCAAACUCGACCUCGCCUCUCUCGACCUCCCCCGCAUCCCCGCCGAUGUCUACACCGACCUCCUGGGCAUUCCCGAGGCCGAGCUCUCCAACCCCCCACCCAAACAGGAGACGGCCGAACAUACCCCCAGAAAGCCAGGCAUGGCGUCGAUCAACGUGCUCGCCCUCGACGCCAUCAGUGACGAGGAGGCACGCGCGCGCGCCUUCGGUACCCCGCCCCCCAAGAAGCCGUGGAGCGAGCCCGAGGAGCUCACUUCCUUCAAAGCCGGGUUCAACCGCAUCAAGGAUGUUGACCUCGAGGUCGGCCUGUUCGGCGGACUGCGCUCGCUUGAUCUCAAUCACAACCAACUUACAUCGCUCCCGGAUGCCAUUGCGGACUUGCUACAGCUCGAAUGGAUCGACUUGUCCCACAACGCGCUCACUGGUAUCCCACCCGCUCUCCUUCUCAUCCCCAAGCUUGAAGUUGUCAAUCUCUCCAACAACGCCAUCUCCUCCAUCGACCUUACCUCGCCCGUCAAGCCGUCCGAAGAGGGUCUGAGCUACGGCACCGGCUUCCUGAUUUCUGCGUUCGAGCGCCGCGACAGAGCACCCAAGACCGCUCUCCCCGUUCUCCGGACUCUCAACCUCGCGCACAAUAGCCUCACGAACGACUCCCUGGCCGGCUUCGCAGGCAAGGAGCAGCUCAAGCUCAGAGUGAUCACGCUCUCGCACAACAAGCUCUCUGGCGUGCUCGACGUCGACGCCGCCGGACUAGGAUCCAAGCGCCUCCCCGAGCUCGCGAGUCUCGUGCUCGACGCCAACUCGGACCUCCACGACAUUGAGGGUGACCUCGCAUCUGGCUGCGCAGUGAAGAUGGAAGACUGUGGAUACGCACGCACUGGCGGCGGCAUAGGGGGCACGCCGCCACCUGGCUCUCCGGCCAAGAAGCUCGCCAACGGUGCGGUGGCAGCGUACGAGCCCGCAUCUGGCGGCCCGUCCGACAUUCCCAACCCCAGCCUGACCGUCGCGUUCAUCACUCACCCCGCGGCGUCAUUUGACUCGGACCCCCUUGCGCUCGAGAUGGAUGUGUAUGUUCCCGACUCGGCGUCCGAGGCCAAACACCCCGUCGUGAUCUGGUGGCACGGCGGCGGCCUCCUCCAGGGCAACAAAGAGAACCUGCCGCCCCACUUCCGCAGGCUGCCCAAGCGGCCACUGGGCUCGAAGGGGGAGCACGCCAUUGUCAUCUCGCCCAACUACCGCCUGGCGCCGCAGGCGCCGAUCUUGGACAUUAUGGCGGACGUUGACGCAGCUAUCGACUUCACGCGCAAAAAGCUCGACGCCAAGCUCGCAGCCAAGGGCUUGAACGCCCGCGUCGACCCGGACCGCAUCGUCCUCUCAGGCGGCAGUGCGGGCGGGUACAUUGCGCUGAUGGCUGGUCUGCCUGUGCCACCGCGCGUCCCCGACGCCGACAUCGGCGGAUACCGCGGCGCCACGGGACUGGGCUUCGCGCCGCGCGGCAUCGCCCCGUUCUACCCCAUCACGGAUCUCGAGCACGUCUUCUGGGCGACCGAGACCAACCCCGUCCCAUGGUGGCCGGACGGGAGCGUGCCGGACGCAGCGGCACAGCCGCACCUGAACACGCGCGACCCGCCCGUCGGCUUCGCCGUGUCCGGCGGCCCGCGCUCCAUCCUCUACCCGUACAUGCUGCAGCACGGGCUGUUCCCGAACCUGCUGUUCCGGAACCAGCGGUCGGUCGGGCACGGGCUGGACGGCUUCCGUCCGAACGCGCACAGCUUGAGCGUGACGACGCGCGCGCGCAUGCUUGCCGAGCGCGGCGUGUCGCGUCCCCCUAUCUAUCUCGCGUACGGCACGAUCGACGACAAAGUCCAGCCGCUCGAGGAGAGCGUUGCGCUGCUGCGGGCGACAGAGGGGCCGUUCGAGCUCGAGGUCGUCGAGGGCGCCGAUCACGCCUACGACGAGAACCCGAACGAGCAGUGCGAGCGCUUCGCGCACUGGCUUGCCGGCAUCAUCUAGCUACAUACUAUGACAAUGCAUGCCAUCUAAUACAGGAC